UCUGGAUUUUUUGUCAUGCCUCGAUUCCUCCUUCCCCUAUGCGCUUCAGAAGCCUUUUCCUUGUUUCUCGGACAGCUGUAAUUUCUGACCUUCAUUGCCCUCCUCCAAUUAUCUUCAUAUACCCUCUAAUUCCAUUUGUGGUUCUGGUACGCUACGUCGACUUUCCCGUGUCCCCGCUUAAGAUCAAGCCCCAGUUAUUCCGCACCGCUAGACCUCCAGGCGAGGAUUCUAGCAUUCAACUUUUACAUAAAACCAGGCGAUAUCGGUGUCGCGCUGGUCGGGGUAUACAAUAUAGCUGUUGGAUUUACCACAAAUCUCCUCUCCGAUCUUGAUAACAGAAGACGGAUCCGCUUCACCUACACAAAAUGGCCGGUCAAUCGAAACCCGCGCUCUCACCAUGGGGCAGUGCUGUUGCAGGAGCAACUGGUGCCGUGCUCGCCAACGCCAUGGUGUACCCUCUUGAUCUUGUGAAAACCAAGCUUCAAGUACAGGUAAAACAAGCGGACGAGACGAAGAAAGAAGGCUCCGAUGAGGCAGUACACUACAAAUCGACCAUGGAUGCCAUCAACAAGAUCGUGGAGAAGGAGGGUAUCGAAGGGCUAUACUCCGGAAUCGCCGGUGCUUUGAUCGGCGUCGCAUCCACCAACUUUGCCUACUUUUAUUGGUACACCAUUGUGCGAUCCCUCUAUAUGGCGUCUGAUAAAGUACCCAAGCCCCCUGGUACCGCAGUCGAGCUCUCCCUCGGCGCUGUAGCGGGCGCUGUCGCCCAGAUCUUCACCAUCCCAGUAUCCGUCAUCACUACGAGACAGCAAACGCAAGAUAAGAGCGAGCGGAAAGGCCUGGUUGAGACGGGUAAGGAGAUUGUGAACAGCGAGGAUGGCUGGACUGGUCUAUGGCGAGGGCUUAAGGCCAGUUUGAUCCUUGUAGUCAAUCCCGCUAUUACCUACGGAGCGUAUCAGCGGCUGAAGGAUGUCCUGUUCCCUGGAAAAACCAAUCUGAAGCCUUGGGAGGCAUUCCUCCUUGGUGCCCUCUCCAAGUCGUUGGCCACGAUUGCGACACAGCCACUGAUCGUGGCUAAGGUCGGUCUACAGUCGCGACCACCUCCCGGCCGUGAAGGCAAGCCCUUCAAGACCUUCGGUGAGGUCAUGCGCUACAUUAUCAAGCACGAGGGAGCGUUAUCUCUGUUCAAGGGCAUUGGACCUCAGAUCACAAAGGGUCUCCUCGUGCAGGGCCUAUUGAUGAUGACGAAAGAACGUGUUGAACUCAUAUUCGUGCUUCUUUUCGCCUAUCUGCGCAAACUCCGGCAGCAGAAGCUUAAGAAAGUUGUGGAUUCCGCAGCAUCGACGGCCAAGACCAGCCUACCAGUCACCUUGAAAUGAUUCACUAUACCAUCCCUCUCGAUACGCCAACUGCAAUUUCUACCGGCAAAAAUGCCAUAGACUUCCCUUU